UCUACGUCUCCCCGCAGAUGCUCUACACGUCCGUCUCUAGACACAUUGCAAACCCCCAAAACCUAUUUAUAUCCUGCUGAUCUUCCUCUUCUUGUUGCCAAUGGCGUCUGCCCCUGGAGACCCCUCCAAACGACCCUCCUCCUCUGGCCAGAAAUCCUCGUCAGCUCCAGCAAGCAAACGUAUCUGCAUUUCCCCACGGUCAAAUUCAAUGGCCCAGACUCGUCCGUCUCCAAACAUAGAAUCCAUCCUUCACCUACCUGAAGAUGCAGUCUGGAGCCUCCGAAAACAAGACCUGCGCGCCUGCUUCUUGGUUCUACAACAAUAUGCCAAAAGUCCAUAUCCUCUUCCCACCCCCACGCUACCCUCCCCCGCCAUCCCCGCCUCCUUUCCUACCGAACCAAAUAACAACAUACUCUCACAUCUCCUCAGACUACCACUCGAAAUCAGAGAAUUGAUUUACAUCCACACUCUGCCCCCCGUCUGCAGUCCUCCAAUACGAGGUCCGCACCCAAGACAACUCCAGACCCACAUCCACCUCACGCAACCCAUCAACCCCUCCCUCCUCUUACUCAACCACCAGAUCCGCACCGAGGCCCUCCCCCUCCUGUACGGCGCUCCCACACAAAUCAUCCAUAUCAAAAUCGACUACAACAUCUGGGAGCAUAAAACUCGGCGGUCAGAUCUAAUCCUGUCCUCGGCAUUGACCUCGUCGAUAAAACAUAUACAUGUAUUUAUACACCUGGGUUCCGAAAAGAGGACGACGAAACCGGGAGAUAUAGAGGCAGAUGCAAGGAUUGCGGAGGUUAAGAAGGGGAUUAAGAAAUUGGGGAAGUGGUUGGGAGGGGCGGAUGUGCAGACGUUGAAAGUCAAUUGGCAGGAACCGCCGCAAACUUAUACGUGGGAGCAGAAGAAGGAUAUCUUGGACGGAAUGAGGGUCCUCCGGGCAGUGAAGGUUGAUGCUGGGGAAAUCAAUUGGGGUCUGAAUUGGAAUAAAGGGAGGAAAUUCAGAUUUGAAAUAGAAUACCUGAAAGAGUUAGAAAGGGGGAGCCAAAUAGAGGGAGCGACCUAGGUGCACAUUGGCAGUCAGAUAUAUAGUAUAAUAUGAGAGAUGAU